AUGAACAUCGACUCGAUCCAGCAGCGUUUAGAGGAUAUGGAGAUGGAGGACAAUGGUGUUCGCUACGGCUAUGGAUCGAGGAAGCUCCUUGAUCUGGUGUUCGUCCAGGAUGCUACUGGGAGUCAAGGCGCAUAUAUAUCAUCAGCGACUAAGAACAUUGAAGAGAUCGCUGCAACCAUCUUCGAAUCUGGCAAAUUACAAUAUCCAGAGGAUCUUCGAGUUGGCCUAAUCGCCUUUAGGGACCAUCCCCCACAGGACCAUACAUAUGUGACCAGAAAUUUUGGUUUUUCAUCGGAUAUUAAGAAAGUGCAUGAGCAUCUUAAAUCACUUUUCGCCUCAGGAGGUGGUGAUGGACCGGAGGCUGUUACGGCGGCGUUAGGGGAGGCAUUAAAUAUGGACUGGAGGCCAGAGGCCAGUAAGAUGGUAGUGUUGAUAGCGGAUGCACCUCCACAUGGAAUUGGAGAGUACGGAGAUGGGUUCGAUCAUGGUUCUCCGGAUGGAUUGGACCCCUUGCAGAUUGCGCGAGAAAUGGCAUCAAGGGGGAUUACUUUAUUCUUUGUUGCAUGCGAACCUGCUCUUAGUGGAUAUACUCAUGCUACGGACUUCUAUCAAGCACUCACUGGAAUAACAUCUGGAUUAAUGCUACCCCUUACGACUGCGAAUCUUUUAUCACAUGCCAUUAUUGGCAGUGUUCUGGAGAACUUGGAUAUGGAGCGUAUCAUUCAAGAAGUCGGUCAAGCCGUCGCCCACCGCAUUCUCGGGGGUAAUGAGAGUGUCGAUGAUGUUGCUAAGGAGCUUCACGAGAAACUCCUGCUCCGGAACGAAAGCACCCAGAAGCUUGUGGUGGAGAAUAUCUAUCGAGAGACACCCGAAGCCAUUCACAACGUCCAAGUGUGGGCCAAUGCACCUACUAUCAAAGAUGCGCGUCCUCAAUUGCAGAAGGUAAAAGGUUCUCGUUUCACGGAGAAGUAUCUGGCUGCUCGCUACGCACCAUCUCGAGUCUCAUACCCAUCCAUCACGAGAUCUCCAAUCAAAUCUGCCUCACCGCCACGAAAAGUUGUAUCGACUUUCGCUACAUUCGAAGCUAAGCCUGCCACCCAUCCAAUGUUCGGUUCCGCCGUCUCAGCACCGACCUUUGGGUCACCAAUGAAAUCUGGGCGUGUUGGUUCUUCUUUUGGUCGAAUGAGAGGAGUGGGAGACUCUGAUGAUGAGGACGAUGAUGAUGGCGCGAAAACUGGUGUAGCGUUCGAUGAUGAUGAUGGAGUGCAAAAAAUUGGAUUAAGCUCCGGGGCAAUCACCUUUGAUCAGGCUCGGAGGAUUGCUUUGCAAAGCGCAUGGCGCGGAACCAGGCAUUUGUAA